AUGGCUUGCUACGACCUGUGCUCCACCUCUGCCUGCGGCAUCUACCGCCCUCAGCCCCUCGCUGACAGCUGCAAUGAGCCGUGCGUCCGUGCGGGCCCCGAAUCCACGACUGUGAUCCAGCCGCCUCCAGUCGUCGUCAACUUCCCCGCACCCAUAGCACCCGUCCUUGGGGGCUAUGGAGGCUAUGGCUAUGGGGGCUACGGAGGCCUCAGUGGUUAUGGGGGCUAUGGGGGCUAUGGGGGUUUGUAUGGCUAUGGGGGCUCCCUGGGUUACGGGGGCCUGUAUGGCUAUGGUAGACCCUAUGGAUCUAGCUAUUGCAACCCUUACUCCUACUGGAGCAACAGGUACCUCCGUGGCAGCUGUGGGCCCUGCUAA